AGCAGCUGCAUGGGUCCCCUUUCCGGGCACUCGGUUCCUGCCCACGGCGUCGGAUUUUCUCCAUCCGACGUCGCGAACUGGAUCCGACUUCGCAGAAUCUUUCGUCAUUCGUGCCUCCGGGAAGUCGCGGUCCCGUCCUAAUAUAUCACACAGAGCUCCGCCAACGACAUCGAGCCAAGCAGUCCUCCAAUGGGACAGUCAGUCCUCGACUCGACUCCGCUCACGCUCUCCUCGGAAGUUGGAUGUAUGGGCCGCAAUUCGGCGUUGGCCGGGAGCCGAAUGUUAUGUGCGCCAGUUGAGUUCAAUGAGGUCGAGAUCUGAUUUGUCAUGAUCUUCGAGUCUCGAGCGACCCGACGAGUCUAUCGCAGUCUCAAACGACGGGGCUGUUUCAGUGACGAGUCGACAUGAAUACCAAGCCUGCAGUCAUAGUCUCAAGUCCGAAGACCGGAAUUCCUGAUCUCUGGCGUCGCGGAAAGAAGAGUCCUCCCGCCCAGGUGACAAUCGUCGUGCCAAUUAUCAUGCUUCAGAGCCUCCGCCAGUACUCCAGACACCAUCCAGACUCGAGCCCAGCUCCUCUCAGUUCUGUAUCGCUCGACAAACCGACGAUUUCUGUACGUAAGAUCGCAGCCGUAUCUGCAGAGUACGCGAGGACCGCAAGAGGUAUGUGCGCGCAGGGUUGGUGGCCGAGCGAACGGUGAGAUCCCGGAAUAUGCUCUGUGCGCCGUGCGGAUGGGUGGGUCAUGACAAUUCACCCCAUCCGGGACGACAGCACGAAUCGCGUGUGCAUCUGGAGGCAGACCACUGACUCGUCUAUUUGAUGCGUGCUUGCCCUCAGCUCGAGUGUGAGUGAAGGAGGGCUCGAAAUGCGACGAGCGGCAGGAGGAGGAGGAGGAGGAGACGAGAGCGAGGCGAUGGAGGAAGAAGAAGGGCGCGGGCGGGGAGGCGGGCUGGUGUUCGCGUACUACGUGACGGGGCAUGGAUUCGGGCACGCGACGCGAGUGGUGGAAGUGGCGAGGCAUCUGAUCGGCGCGGGGCACGCGGUGCACAUCGUGACGGGGGCGCCGGAGUUCAUCUUCCGCAGGGAGAUGGACUCGCCGCAGCUGUCGAUCCGCACGGCGCUGCUCGACUGCGGGGCGGUGCAGUCGGACGCGCUGACGGUGGACCGGCUGGCGUCGCUGGAGCUCUACUCGAAGACUGCAGUCGUGCCGCGGGCCAGCAUCCUGCGCGCGGAGGUGGCCUGGCUGCGCUCCAUCAAGGCCAACCUGGUCGUGUCGGACGUGGUGCCCAUCGCGUGCCAGGCCGCGGCGCAGGCGGGCCUGCCGUCCGUCUGCGUGAGCAACUUCAGUUGGGACUUCAUCUACUCCGAGUACAUGACGGUGGCCGCGCCGCGGCACCGGUCCAUCGUGUGGCAGAUCGCCGAGGACUACUCCAACGCGCUGUUCGUCGUCCGCUUGCCGGGCUACUGCCCGAUGCCGGCGUUCCGGGACGUGGUCGAUGUGCCGCUGGUGGUUCGCUGCGCCCGGCGCAGUCGCGCCGAGGUGCGACAGGAGUUGGGCAUCGGCGAGCGCGAGAACAUCCUUCUGUUCAAUUUCGGAGGCCAGGACUCCAAAUGGUCGCUGCGCGACGAGUUUCUGCCGCCCGGAUGGAAGUGUUGGGUCUGCGGCGCGCCCGACGAGCAGGAGCUCGGGUCGCGGUUCAUGCGCAUGGACCGAGACGCGUACACGCCGGAUCUGAUCGCCGCGAGCGAUUGCAUGCUGGGCAAAAUCGGGUACGGGACGGUCAGCGAAGUGCUCGCGUUCCGAGUGCCGUUCGUGUUCAUCCGCCGGGAUUACUUCAACGAGGAACCGUUCCUGCGGAAGAUGCUCGACUUCUACCGGGGCGCCGUCGAGAUGAACCGGCGAGACUUCUUCUCCGGUCGCUGGGCGCCGUACCUGGGCCGGGCGCGAGAACUCAAGCCGCGCUUCGACGGGCCGGUGAACGGCGGCGAGGUCGUGGCCCGCAUUCUGCAGGAUGCCGCCGUCGGCAAAGUGGACGCGCCGCUCAGGCGCAGCGGCUCCCGACGGCUGCAGGACGCGAUCAUCUUCGGGUUCCAAAUGCAGCGCCACCCGAGCCGAGAAAUCCAGCUGCCGGACUGGUACGCCACGUCCGACACCGAGUCCGGCAGCCUCCCGGCGCACGCUCGCCCCGGCACGGCGGCCGGCGGUUCGGAUGACGUCGUCCAGAUCGUCCACGGAUCGUCGCAGGGACUGGCGGACACGGCCUGGUUUUUGCGGACGCUGGGCAAAUUGGACGAGGAAGGCGACGUGCUGGCCAGCGACCACGCCGACCGGCCGCAGGCGCAAGAGCGGCUCGCGGCCGCGGGCCUCUUCCGGUGGGACGACGACGUGGUCGUGUGCCGGGCGCCCGGCCGGCUGGACGUGAUGGGCGGCAUCGCGGACUACUCGGGAAGCCUGGUCCUGCAGAUGCCGAUCCGGGAAGCGUGUCACGUCGCGGUGCAGCUGCAGCCCGCGACGAAGCAGCGGCUUUGGAAGCACAUGACGGCCCGGCACGGCGGGGCCUUCAAGCCCGCCGUCCGCAUCGUGUCGUUCGGCUCGGAGCUGGCGAACCGCGCGCCGACCUUCGACAUGGACGUGAGCGACUUCUUCGACGCGCAGGGCAAGCCCAUCUCGUACGAGGCCGCCCGCGCCUACUUCGAGCAGGACCCGUCGCGCAAGUGGGCGGCCUACGUCGCGGGAACGCUGCUGGUGCUGAUUCGCGAGCGAGGCGUGGAAUUCCGCGACGGUCUGAGCAUUCUCGUGUCGUCGGCAGUUCCCGAAGGCAAAGGCGUGUCGUCGUCCGCCGCUCUGGAAGUGGCGACCAUGUCUGCCGUCACAGCAGCCCUCGGGGUGGACAUUGCGCCGAACGAUCUGGCCACUCUGUGCCAGAUGGUGGAGAAUUAUGUGGUCGGAGCUCCGUGUGGAAUUAUGGAUCAGAUGGCUGCUACUUGCGGUGAGGCUAACAAGCUCCUGGCGAUGGUAUGCCAGCCUGCCGACGUGAAGGAGCACAUCAACAUUCCGAGUCAUGUGCGUUUCUGGGGUCUCGAUUCUGGAAUCCGGCACAGCGUGGGGGGAUCGGAUUAUGGUUCUGUUCGUGUCGGCACAUUCAUGGGCCGCAGAAUCAUUCAGGCGGAAGCUGCCAAGUACAUCUCGCAGAUCUCUGUUCCGACUGUUGAAGCGAAUGGCACAGCUGGACCUUGCAGAGCACAUUUACGGGAAGUUUACGAUUCGGAACUCCGGGAAAUUGAGCAGGAAAUUAACUUGAAUUAUCUCUGCAACAUUCCUCCGAGCCGGUACGAUGCGCUCUAUGCCGGCCUGAUUCCGGCGGAGCUGAAAGGCCAAGCGUUUUUUGAGAAGUAUGGCAGCCACAAUGAUCCUGUGACGAGAAUUAAACUGGAAAGUGUGUACAAGAUUAGGGCACCUACAUCUCAUCCUGUCUAUGAGAACUCCCGUGUCAAGACAUUUGCGGCAUUACUGACUGCUGCGAAUUCCGAUGAGCAGCUUAGUGCUCUUGGCGAGCUCAUGUACCAGUCUCACACUAGCUAUUCGAACUGUGGGCUUGGUUCCAAAGGCACCGAUCUUCUGGUAUCGCUCACCAAACACAUGCAGCGUUGCACCCUUGAAAAUGCUUAUAAGAAUCAAGGUACAUUGUUUGGAGCUAAGAUUUCAGGUGGCGGUUGUGGUGGCACUGUUUGUAUAAUAGGUCGAGACUCACAAGAAGCCUACGAAGAAAUUUCGAAGAUCCAACAAUUGUAUGUAGGACUGACUGGACACAAGCCAUACCUGUUUGAGGGCUCCUCUCCAGGAGCUGCACAGUUCGGAUACCUCCGAGUGCGCCGCACACAGAAGUGCGCUCAUAGCACGGUGCCUGGCAUUUAGAUGAUUUCAGGGAGCCGACGGCGUAAAGUGAGCUGUCUGUUCCCUUUUAGGCUUGUAUAAACAACAUUGUUAUAGAAAACAGUUGUAAGUUGCAUCUC